AAAGCAAAUUAAGAAGAAUACUUUCUGAAUCUCUUAAGAUGAGAAGCUUCCAUGGUUUGGUUGCAGUUGCAUUUAUCUCAGUAAUCGCCUUCCAAUCAUGUGUUGUCCAUGGAAACUUUUACAGGGAUGUGUACUUCAACUGGGGUGCCAAGCAUUCAUACAUUUAUGGCAAUGGUGAUAAUCUUAAUCUGCUUCUUGAUAAAAGUGCAGGAUCUGGUAUUCAAUCAUACAACUCAUUCCUUUUUGGAAGCAUUGAAAUGCUAAUUAAGUUGGUUCCAGGGAACUCUGCAGGAACUGUCACUGCAUAUUAUCUUUCCUCUACUGGAAACUAUCAUGAUGAGAUCGAUUUUGAGUUCUUAGGAAACUCAUCAGGACAACCUUACACCAUGCACACAAACAUCUUUACCCAAGGAAAAGGCAAUAGAGAACAACAGUUUAAAUUAUGGUUCGACCCAACUGCUGAUUACCACAAUUACACCAUUCACUGGAACCCAACCGCUGUUGUGUGGUUUGUUGAUAGUAUACCGAUUAGGGUUUUCAGAAACUACAAAAGUGAAGGAAUUGGGUUCCCAAACCAACAAGGGAUGCAGGUGUAUUCGAGUUUGUGGAAUGCUGAUAACUGGGCAACGAGAGGUGGACUAGUGAAAAUUGACUGGAGUUGUGCACCUUUCAUGGCUGGUUUGAAGAAAUUCAAUGCAAGAGCUUGUAAAUGGGAGGGACCUCUGAGCAUUAUCAAGUGUGCAGUUCCUACUCCAUUUAACUGGUGGACAUCACGUGUUUACAAGCAAUUGAAUUGGGAUCAGUUGGGGAAGAUGAAGUGGGUUCAAGAUAAUUACAUGAUCUAUAACUACUGCACAGAUUACAAACGAUUUGGUGGAAAGAUGGCUCCUGAAUGCUACAAGCCACAAUACUAAUCAAAACAUGAUACACUUAAUUCCACAGUUACACCAUAUUCGUUUUCCAACGAGGUCAAAACUGGGUUUUUCCUUUCGUAUUUGUUUUAUUACUUUUGUUUUCCAUUCUAAUGUGUCUAUUCUGAAAACUUGUCAAAGAGAGCCAUUUUCCGUCGGUAAUUGCCAAAGGAAUUCCGACA